ACAACAAAACAAAUAUAGGCCAACAUUAAGUAAACUGUAUUGUCGUGAAUGAUUGACAAUGGGGGAAACUGAGUACUUAACAAUAAGGGCAAAAUUAAGUGUGAAAUUAUGGAUAAUAGUAUAAUUAUAACUUCCCUAAUUUUUGUUUGUAUGAUUUUGAAUGUUUUUGAUAAAGGUUGUGCAAUUGAUUGCUUCAAAUGUGUCUCUAUUGGAGGUGAUAACAAGGAAUGUGAUGAUCCAUUCCAUAACAAUGGUUCCAUUCAGUUUUUGGAGUCACCUUGUCAAGGUGGACGUAAAGGAAGAGAUGGACUCUUUCCUGCCACUGCAUGUAUCAAACUUGCAGGAGUGUAUUAUGAUACAGGAGUAACCAUCACUGUGAGAAGUUGUGCUCUAGACAGUGGAACUCUUACAACAGAUUCAGAAUUAAUUAGAAUGUCUCACUGUGGAGGAUUUUACUUUGGUGAUAAAUAUGUAAGAGGUUGUGUUCAAUCGUGCAGUGAUACAGAUGCUUGUAAUAAUAGUGUACCAAUUAAUGCCAAUUUAUUUUUAUCUCUAUUUAUAUGUACAAUAAUAAUAUUAUGCUUUCAUCAAUAAUCUUAAAAAUGACAAAUCUGCA